GCAGACACCGAUAUUUGCGGAUUUUUGAAGGGUUUUCGAACGGUAGAAGGACAUGCAGACAGAAAAUGGAGCGACAUCAUCAUCGGGAGGCUUUCGCUCAAAGCGAGCGCGAUACUCCCAGCGCGCCUGCAAGGAAUGUCAGAGACGUAAAGUAAAGUGUAACGGAAAUCAGCCAUGUGCUCGAUGCGCCGGCCAGUCUUUUAAAUGCGUCUACUCAGUACCAUCUCAAACACGAAAUUCCCCCCAAAAGACCAGCGAAAGGCGAACGAGUAGCCUAAAUCAGGCUGCUGCUCGAGAUACCGAAUCCAACCAUGUAUCUUUACCAGAACCAUCCCGCGAGAGAAGGACCUAUUCAUAUAAUCGGAUAGAGGCCACUGUACCUGAUGCUCCGCCAGAAUUUUCAUCCACUUGUCCCCAAUUCUGUGGCCCUUCUAGUACUGAAUAUACCUUCAAUGCUGUUAACGGCAAUCUUCAAGCUAUGGGAAUGCAAUCCGCCAUACCUGAUAAUGCAUUUCCACAUUCGAGGGUUGCUUCAACAUCUUCAGGCCGCUUGGCACAAUACGGACCAUUCAUGAAACUACUCACAAUGGACCCUCUUUGGGAUCUUACAAGGGAAACAGCCGUGUUGCUGUUGGACGACUGGUGCGACGGUCUGGGUACUUUGUAUCCUAUCGUCAGCCGUCGAGCAAUGUUGGAAACUAUUAACAGAAUUUUCAAUGCAUUCGAGCUCGCCCUUUCAGAGGGACUGAGGGAAAGUGGCGGAGCCGUCGCCGAGGCCCUAUUCCAUCACGAUACAAAUAAACUGAAAAUCAUACUGGCAAUCGGCAUGACCAAAGCAACGGGCGGGCGUGAGCAUCAAGCACAAAGACUAUUUCAAAGCACCUCGGACGCAGUAGAGGGAUUAAUAUGGAACCCAGAAGGAAUUCACGGCAUACAGCUUCUCUAUUUAGUGGCCAUGUACCACUAUCAUCUCAACGAAGAGGUUCGAACGGGAAGAUGUAUAGCCUUCGCAGCCCGACUAUGCCUAGAAGCAGGAUUGCAUCGACGCGCCAUGCUUGAAAAGUCCUUCCCAGACACGGAGGAGCGGUCAGAAGCUCUUCAGUCAUUCUGGGCAGUCUACAUGUUUGAGAGAAGACUCAGUUUAGGGCAGGGCAUCCCUUUCUCCAUCCAAGAUACGUAUAUCGACCACUCGCUCUAUAUUGUCGAAAAUACCAAUCCGUUGCUGGUUCCACUCUUGCGUUGGACAGAACUUGCCGGGAAGACCUGGCAUGCACUCAAUAAUAGAUCAGAGGAUACUGAUGGUUCCAGGAUGGAAACACUCAGCUACCUCGAUUAUCAAAUCACGGAGUGGUAUCAAAAUUUACCGGGCCAUCUCCGCUUGCCAGGGAUUGCCGCCCAGAAUCCCGAUCAGAAUCCUACUUAUUAUCAAUCAGUGAUGUACGUUCGCAAAGCGCAUCUUCGUAAUCUUAUCUAUCGUCCAAUCUUACAGUCACCUUCGCUCUCCCGCCAAAACGAAGCUCUACUGCGCAGAGCCGUAGAUAUCUCCAAGGACACCAUAAUAACGCUUGUUAACUUCAAUGACCGGACAGACCUUGUCCAGACUCAUCCUAUGUUCUUCCAGCAACUAUUGCUCACUGCCUUUGGAAACCUGCUACUCGCUAUCGUAAGCGCUGUACCUAAAGUUUGGAAUACCGCCCGUGAAGAACUUGACAUGUUCUUGAACCUGUUCCAGUUCUUGAGUUCUAAAUGCACAGCGCUGAAGAGAACAUGGACUAGGUUGCAAGGGUUACGCGACUUGCAUUUGAAGUUAAGCCGCCCAGAUCGUGCUUCGCGUCCGGCGUCUCCUCUUCACAGUGGUGAUGCGGCAACAUUGUCAUUUGAUGACAUUUUCCCUGACAUGUUGGCGGCGUCUAAUACUAUGGACUCAAGUGGGCCAUUGGCUACAAACACACAUUACAACUCAAUUUUGUCCAACAUAAUGAGUCGCAUAUCAUCUAGUCCCGCCAAUCGAUGCGGUUGA